AUGCAGGUCGCCAGCGCCGGCCUCUUCUUCGCGGUGUGCGAGGUGUCCUUCCUCGUCUGGGGCGAGCCGCCCUCCAUUGUGCAGCAGGCCACGGUGGGCGACUGCCUGCCGCAGCUGGACGGCUGCCUGCCCGCGCAGGCAGUGCUCGGAGGGCAGUUCCGCCUGGACAAGGUCAUUGUCACUCACCGCGCUCACCAGAGCCCCGUGAGAUUCGAGCACCUGGAGCUGUCGCCAGUGCUCCUGAAGGACCUGAGGGGCGUCCACGAAGGCCACCAGCUGGACUACGUGUUCAAGGCCGGGGAGCAACUGCCCGUGGCCGUCGUCGGUGGCCGCCGGCCCCGCACCGACACCGGCAGCUGGGACACCUGCAACUUCAGACGGCGCCGAGAGAGACACAUGCUGGAAAAGAUUCUUUCGCCGCGCUCGUCGUGCUGGUCCCCGCCCCCCCUUCGGAGGCGACGAUAA